AGUGCGCCACGUGACAAACGAAACAUACAUAUUCCGAUGAUGAACGGUUCGGUUCCGAGUGAGAACGGUGGCGAGGGAUCGGCUCUGAUAUUCCUGGGAACGGGAUGUUCGAGCGCGGUUCCUAACGCAAUGUGUUUGAUCCAGAAAUCAGAUCCUCCCUGCUACGUCUGCUCGCAGUCUCUCUCGAUCCCGCCAGAGAAAAACCCUAACUACAGGGGAAACACUUCACUUCUAAUUGAUUAUUGCCAAAGUGAUGGCAAACAUAAAUACAUUCAAAUCGACGUUGGCAAGACCUUCAGGGAACAAGUCCUUCGUUGGUUCACUCUUCACAACAUUCCUCAAGUUGAUUCUAUCAUUUUAACCCAUGAGCAUGCUGAUGCAGUACUUGGCCUGGAUGAUAUACGCUCCGUGCAACCAUUUAGUCCUACCAAUGAUAUAGAUCCUACUCCUAUUUUCGUAAGCCAAUAUGCUAUGGACAGUCUUGCUGUGAAGUUCCCGUAUCUGGUUCAGAAGAAACUUAAAGAAGGCCAAGAAGUUAGGCGGGUUACACAGCUGGACUGGAGAGUAAUCGAAGAAGAUUGUGAGAAGCCAUUUUUAGCUUCAGACUUAUCAUUCACGCCACUUCCAGUGAUGCAUGGAGAAGACUACGUCUGCCUUGGUUUCCUUUUUGGAGAAAAAUCAAGAGUGGCGUAUAUAUCUGAUGUGUCACGCUUUCCUCCAAGCACUGAGUAUGUCAUAUCAAAAUCUGGUGGUGGACAAUUGGAUCUUCUUAUCUUGGAUACAUUAUAUAAGACAGGAUCCCACAACACCCACUUAUGUUUCCCGCAGACACUAGAGACGAUCAAAAGACUGAGUCCCAAAAGGGCUCUUCUAAUCGGAAUGACUCACGAGUUUGAUCACCACAAGGACAAUGAGUUUCUUGAUGAAUGGUCUAAAAGGGAAGGGAUCUCGGUAAAACUUGCGCAUGAUGGCUUGAGAGUCCCUAUCGACCUAUGAAGAGGUAACAAAAACAUUACUUGGCCUUCUCAUUAAAUCUUUUUAGGCUGAGCAUCUAAAUCAGAAGAUGAGGAUACAAAGAGAGAAAGAGAGAGACGGAAAUGAGAAAACGGCUCUCUUCAAGAUGCACUAAAACCUUCUUUUUGUUGUUGUUGUUUAAACCUUUAAUCUUAAGUUGGGAUCUUUGUGUCUUUGCCAAAUUAUAGUUUAGCAUUUAAACCCUUUGCUUUAUUAUCUUUUUGCAUUUUUCCUGAUAUACUUGUUAAAAUAAUAACAAAAGAAAGAAAAAGCAGUUCAUCGUAAAACUAUUUUAUGGUUGAAAUUUUGAUUACUACAUUAGUCAGAUUUU